AUUUUGUGCGUCCUCUAUUAUGCUACACUUCAAAGUUCGUUGAUCCGGAAACUAUUAAACUAAUCUAAUCCGAUGGAUUGGUAGACAGUUAAAGUGGUCUUCAGUUGACCUGUGAAAGGGUGUUUCUCAGUUAAGCAGUAACAAAAUGACCACAGUCUGGACAGCAAGCAGUCUACGCCGACAAGAUGGACGUUAUAAUAGUCUAUCCAGGAGUUUAGGAUCUUUGAUGUCAAUUGUACUUGACGAGGAUAAAUCUCCUUCCGUGUUGAUUUUUUCUAAUCAAUCACCAAGAGAGACUAAUUUACAAACAAGUGUCUCUGUUGGUGAUCGUGUCGGAGAUGAGAAUAUUUUGCCGUUAAAUGGAUUAAGUUUUCGUUCAUUACAAACAGACUCUUCUUCAUCGAUUGCAUUUGUUGGCAAAAAAAUUAAACGUGAAUAUCAAUCGGCAUUUGUAUUACCUGAUAAACAAACAAUUGGUAUUAUCCGUCAAGAAGCGUUUAUGACUGAAGAAGGUUUAGCUCAAGUCACGCUUAGUUUAUGCGUUUCGACUGAUGUAGAUAGUUUAAAAGUUAGUAAAAGUGAAAGAAUAUGUGAUUAUCUUGAUACGGACUAUUGGGCUUCCAUUUUAUUAGCUUCCACUGAAUCUCACGAUACUGAACUAUUAGGAUAUAUGGGACCUGAAUAUACUUCAAGAAAACCGAAUCGUUUUAACUUUGAACGUUCUGAAAGCCGACGACGUAAACGAGAAAUUGUGCUUGUUCAAGAAGAGAUUGAAGAUAGCGAUGAGAAAGAUAAUGUUGGGCAAUUUGAUGGUAGCAAUAUUUUGCCUGAAAGUGUUACAGUGUACGAAAAAGUAUAUCCUAAAGAAAAGGAUGAGUGUGAUCCCCAGACACGUCGAUUAAUCCUGCAUCCUCCACCACCCCUUCCACCUCCACAGCUGCCAGAAUCACCGCUGCCUUCACCACCGAAAACUUUAAAAGUAUCUGAAAGAAAUGCUUCACCAAAACCACAACUAACUUCGAGUAGAAAUUCAUGUCAGCCAAAAGAACAAGCCCCAAUAAUUGGACGGGCCGAACCACCUGGAAAAACUAAACCAAUUGUAAGUAGUCCGAAAUCUAAAGAAAAUUUUGAAAAACUUAAACGUCAAUGGAAUAAUCGUAUUGCUCAAAUGCAAGAACAUUUAGAUAAUCAGUAUCGUGAUACACCAACAUCGCUACCACAAACUUAUACAGAAGGACAUCGUGGUUCUACAGUUACGUCAAUUCUCCCCACAGUAGAUAAAAGAUCUUCUGAUCCAUAUGUAAAAGGUCGAAUUUCAUCUACUGAUCAAAGACUCUCCCCUGAACAAGCAUAUGAUCAUCAAUCUCUUCCGGAUAGAACUUCAAUGGAUCAUGGAUCAAAUAAAGAGAAUUUUAUUUAUCACAGCUUUGAUUAUAUCAGUUCAUCAUCACCGGGUUCCGGUGAUCUAGUGGAUCCGGUUACGGAACGUUGUGAAAAAGAGGCACAAUUUAUUUAUAGUCAAGCAAGACUAUUUGUUAAUCAACAAAAUAUAGGCAGAUUAAGUCCACGAAAAUUAUCAGAGAGUAGUUCAAUGAAUGAUAUAACUAAAUUGAAGACAUCUAAUUUAAAUCAUCAACAAUUUGAACAAUUAUUAAUAGAUAACACCGUGAAAUAUACUGAAUUAAAUAACAAUAAUCAAUCAUCGAUUUCAUUUAUAAUCGAUAAAUUCAAUAUAGAACAAUCAUCUAAACAAGCUUAUAUCUAUCAAUCAACCUAUUCACGUUUACCAAUCACUAUUAAAAAUAUAAGCUCAUAUCAUCAAAAUAAUAAUAAUAAAUUGAUUACUAAUAAAAUCAAUAAUACUAUGAUAAUGAAAGAAUUAUUCAAUAAAUUUGCAAAACAUGAAUUAAUAUUAAAUCGUGAACCAACUUAUUCAUUUCAUAUACCAAUACAAUUAUCUACUACUGAAUUCAAUUUACAUCAAUAUAGUAAAACAUUACCAAGAUAUAAUAAUAAAUAUGAAAUGAUUAUACAUGUCAAUGAUUUACAUAAUUCAUUAGACAAUAAUAAUGAUAUGAAUAUGAAACAAUCAAUUAGACAUAGAAUGUAUACAUCGUUACCACGUACAAAACAUGCAUUACUUUAUUAUUCUCAACCAAUUAGUUCAAGAAUAGUUUCAAAUUCUUCUAUAUUAGAAGAUCGACAACAACAAGAUAUUCGUUCAGAGUUUAGAAAUGGAAGUGAUCUAACUUAUCAUGGAAAGACGAGUUAUUCAGACAUUUAUUAUAAAGAUGAUCCAUCAACUGAUAGAAGUGAGGAAUUUAUAAAAACACUCACUAAAUACAAAGCAUCAUCAGAAAUAAACUAUUCAACAAAGAAUAGAAUUCUUUUAGAUAUUGAUCAAAAUCAAUCACCUAUAUUAACAGGACCACAAUUAUAUCCAUCAUCAACUGAUCUAAGUUCAUUACUAAGUCCUGGAGGUGAUAAUUUCAAAAGUUAUCUAAAUAGAUACGUUGAACGAUCAGAAAAAUAUUGGAGUCUUCCAAAAAGUUAUUUUAUAGCUGAUGAACAGAUCAAUAAAAAUGAAACAACUACUAAACAAUAUGAUUCAAUGAAUAUUACAUUGAAAGAUUUAAUAUAUGAUAAAUUCAAACCGUUAUCACCAACUACAGAAGCAAAAACUGAUAUAAAACUAACAUCAAAUCAAGAUACAGACAAUUUAAAUCUUCACUUUUUAAAACCAUACAAAUCUUACAGAACCAUUACAACUAAUGAAAAGAAUUCACAACGAAUUAAAGAAAUAAAUCAAAAUGAGAAAUUCAACACUGAUGACCUCUUAAGUAAAGCAUAUUAUGAUGAAAUGAAUCGAUUGAGUAAAAGAAAAUCAUUAAAAAUGGAUGAAUUAAGUAGUACAUCAAGUUUAAGUAUAUUAGCAAAGGCAUAUGAAGAACAAAUAGAGAAUCAUAGAAAACAAAUAGAUAGAAAAUCGACUUCAAUCAAAGGAAAUGGUAGUAAGACUACUGAUGAAUUAGGUGAACAUAAAUCUUCAUCUAAGCCAAUGAAACAAAUGAAUGAACAAGAAAAUAAAUUAAUGCAAAGUGAUAUAUCGUCUGAUCAUCAACGGAAUAAUUUAACUAGAGACGAAGAAGUUACAAAGUUUGAUGUUCAAAAACCGUCAAAACCGGAAGUGAUUUCGAAUUUACCACCUUCUGUUUUGGAUAUCCCUAAACGUUUAGAACAAAAUGAUCGAUUAAGUAAGCAUAAAGAUUUAAAACCUGACAUUACACAUCAAAUUGUUACUGAUGAUAAGAUUUCUGAAAAAUCACAUAAAGAUCAUCUCAAUGAUCAGAUGUCAAAACAACAAGAACUAAAGCAUCAUCGACAUCCUCCUCCUCCACUUCAUCAUCAUAAAAGUUCUACAAAGGAUGAAAUUUUGGAGAAAUUCAUAUCCACUGGUGAUACACAUAAGCGUUCAUGUGACGGUCCAAUGUCAUUUGCGAACUUCAAAAAGAAUAUGAUUUCAGAUAACCUGCCAGUGGAUGAAGAGCAUAGCCAUCAUCAAGGUCGUCAUCUGUCUCAUGACGAGUCAAAAGUUUUUUCAAGAGAUUCAAAGUUUAGAAAACCAAUACAUAACAAUGAAGGCCAAACUGGAACUCCACUUGCUCCUAAACAUAGCUUUGAAGACAAACAUACCAAUAAGAGUAAGAUGGAGCAACAAAUAAAAACGGAAAAACCGAAAACACAACCUUUGGAUACAAAAGCUUCACGUACUUCAGAAGAAAACCAUGGAGAAUCUAUGAAAGACCAAGAACGAAAUGAACUUGUUAAACGAAAUAAAACACAUCAUCAGUCACUAAGAUCUAAACAAAACAAACCUCAUACAUCUAUAACUUCAAAAAAUGAUCGUAUUUCAUCUUGGGUUGAAAAUAGUAGAUAUCAAACAAGACAGCUAUUACAAGAUGGUAUGAUUGACGUUGUUCCUCAGGCUCAACCUCAAAAAUCUGAUUUAAAAAGACAUCAGUCUUUAAAUGAAAAACGGAACUCCUACAAAACUGACGACAAAAUGAAAUAUAGGCAUUCUGAUGAUCCUUCAAAGAAGCCCAUAAAGAAGGACAGUAUAACUUCUGAUUACAUCGCUUCUCAACCACCAAAAUCACAUUACAAAUUAAAUGAUCAGAAAGAUCCUACAAAACCAUUGGAUAGUAAUCAACUGAAUAAAAUUGAUAGUUUAAAAGAUACUCAUAAGAAAUCAAUCAUUGAAAAACAACAACAACAAGAUCGAAAUAAUAAAGAUAAUAUUGUAAAAAUACCUGACAUAAAACAGGAAGAGAAAUAUUCAUCUAACAAUGUGCGUAAACAACAUCCUUCCAAUGAAGUAAAUAAUCUAGAUGUAGAACAAUCUGUUGGAGAAAUUCCACCUCAUUCAAAACAAUCUAAUUCAAGUAAAAUUAAACAACCUUUAAAAGAAUAUGAUGGUAAACAGUCAAGACAAUCAAUAAAAAAGCAAUCAUAUACAAAAGAUAAUGAUGAUGAUGAUGAUGACGAAGGUAAGAGAGAAAAUCUGGCAAAAAACACUGAUGAAGUAUUAAAUCGGUCGAAACAAUCCAGUGAAUUAGAUCAACAUAAAAAGAGAAAAGAUAAUGUACCAUAUCGAACAGUUGAUCGAGGUAAUCGUCAUUUGACUACAACAGAAACACGAAGUAAAGUGACCGACGAACUUCCAGGUCAUAGACGCCAUCCUCCACCGCCUCUUUCUCCAAACUCGAAAGAAGAUAUACACUAUCCACGUGACGGGACUGUUAGUCGACCUCGAAUUCCAGAUGGUUCUAAAGCUGCUACUCCAUUAACUCCCACCAGACAUUCAUUAAAAAAUCUUGAUGACGAUCCAGAGAAAAGAAAACGACAACAAAAGUUAUACGACGACGAAUUCAAAAAUAUAAAUGGAGAACCAAUGCCAUUGGAUCCCAGGAAACCAACUACACAGUUUAAUUAUGGCAUAUUACAACAUCCAGAUGAAUAUAAUUAUUUAGCUGAAGCAGAAAAACAAAAACCAACUAUAGAUUUUGCAUCAGAAUUAUCUUAUGAUAGCAGUCUUUAUGGUAAAAUUAGUCAAGGUUCCGCUCGAAAACAACCAUCAAUUAAGCAUUAUGAUAAGUAUAAAGAUAAAAAACCUGAUAAACCACAUCGUCAUCCACCGCCACCUCAACCUACUGAUCAUGACCAAACAAAACGAUUAGACGAUAAACCAAGCCCAAAAGCAGACAGAAGAUCAGGUCGUGGAAUGGUUUCAGUUGAUGAAAAUUAUUAUGUAAAUGUACCUGGUUCAGGUCCACCAGUUAUUCGUCCACCAUACAAUGGACACAAGAGAUCACUUCAAGAUUUAAGUGAACGUUCCGGCCCUCAUAGUGCUUAUGAUCCUAGAUUGGGCGAUACAGUUAUUCAUCCAAGUAAACCUAGAACCAGUGAUAGAAUAUCAGAUCAAAUGCCUGAUUAUUAUGAUCAAUAUACAUCGGAUGAAAGUGAUUAUGAUGAUUCAGGAGAAUCGGAUGAAGAACUUAAACCACCAGCAUUACGUACAAUAACUCAGACAAGGAGACGAUCUGAACCAGAACCUUCGAAUAAUUAUCCACCUGUACAAUUAAGAAAACAGUCGAAAGGACAAAAAACUGGACAGUCAAUCACAUCAAUUCGUGAUAGUCUUAUUAGUCCUGAAGGUAAAUACAUGAAAGGACUAGAUCGUGAUCAUUCAAAUGGAAUGUCACAAGAACGUAUAUCACGACCACGUUCUAAACAUACAACUGCAACAAGUCGAAGUUCUGGUUAUUACGGUGUUAAUGUGGUGAAUGAUACAAGUUCAAAACACAGUUUAAUAAUCAGUACAAAACGUCGAACACUAAGUGGUUUAACUGGUACCCACCCAUCAAAACAUCGUUCCAGUUCAAUGAAUACUUUAUGGUUCGGUGAUCAUCCUGUACCAUCAGAACAUACAAUCUCGCCAGCUACACCAGUUAGAUUAUCAAAUAUACAAAUACAAGCUCAAGCAGAACUUGAACGUCGACACAGAUCAUCUUCACAUGGACAUAGUUUAGAUAGAAAAUCUAUAUAUAGCACAGGAAUGACAGAAAGUCAUUUAUCCAAAGGUUUAAGUGAUUAUCAUCAAGGUUAUGAAGGAAUUGGUUAUGCAUAUGAUAAUCGAGGAAGAUUAAUACAUGGUGGUGCAUGUUUACCUGAACGUUCAGCUAGUCGUAAACGUCGAUUAUUAGAUGGUCAUGAAAGUUUAUCAAGAGUAUGGAUACCACAAAGUGGUGAACACUAUCCAGUUAAACAAAUAUCUGAUAAGACAGCUAAUUCGCUAAUGAAUCGGGAUGAACGACAAGCACAAUUGGAUAAUUCAGCGAUGGCAUUUGCUUUACGGGAUUUUAAUGCGCCUAAAAUUCGGUGAGCUCAAACAAUAUAACAGUAAUAUUCACAUUACAUCUAUAAUAUUAUCUAUCUAUCUAUCUAUCUAGACAGAAACGGGUUUCGAAUAAAUCACAUCGGAAUCAUGAUGAUGAUGAUAAUGCUAAUAUUAAUAGUAAUAAUAAUAAUGAUAAUAAUAAUAUUAAACAUGUAACCCAUCGUACCGUUAUACGCAACAAAUCACACAGCAUUAAGAAACAUCAACGCACACCAUCCAUUCUCAAUUGUUGUAUGCGAUAAUCUUACAAUUUAUUUACUUAUAUCAUCAUGAUUAUUAUUAUUUGAUUGGCAAUGUUUAAUUAACCCUGAUUAUAAUUGAUUUAUUUUAUUCAUUAUUAUUAUUAUUAUUAUAUUUUCUUAUGAUUCUAUUUAUUUUUUAAUUGAGUAAACUCAUUUUUAUACCAACAUAGUGAUUAACCUUAAUCUAUGGCUGUGACCUUUCAUGAAAAGUUUUGGUUUGUGUUCAGUAUUUUUUUCCACUUGGUUACAUCCACAAGUUUUGUGUGUGUGCGCGCGCGUGUGUGUGUGUGUUUAUGUUACCCAAGCACCUAAACUAUCAACACAAAAAAAACAGAAAACAUAUCAGUUCAGUUUAAUUUUUUCUUUUUUUUCAAUAUUUUUAACCAAGAAAUAUGAAUAAUUUGUUUGUUUAUUCUUUUGUUUUUAUUUACACCGUUUUCAAUCAGUAUAUUCCCUGAUUGCUGUGAAUAUUACCGAAUAACAAAAGCAAUUUUUUUGGCUUUUUUUUCUACUACUGAUUAUAAUAAUAUCAGUAGUAAUAUUAGUUCUCAGAGAUUUUAUACUCGUGUAUGUGCGUGAUUUCUAGAUUCUAUGUCCAUAGUAUCAUCGUUUGCUAACAUACUAUUGGUUGGUUGUAUCAGAAGGGGGUUUCGUGUGGAUAUUAUAGUAAUUUCAUUUGUUAAAAUAAUGAGUCAAUUGAAGUUAGAUCACUAUGAAAAACUUGGAAGUACUGUUUGACGGCUGUUUCGUUCUAUCGUAGGACUCCUCAGCAGUGCACAUCCACGAUAUUUGUCUGUUAUUUUCAUGAGUAGUAUAAUGUUUGCCGUGCGAAAUGUGUAGACGAUUGGAAGAACGAUAGAAAAAUUAAAAAAGACAAAAAAAAUCAAUAACACUGCAUGAGUGAAUCUCUGAGUCAGUAAUUAUUUAAAGUAAUCCAACACUAUGUGUUGAAAAAAUCAAUAGUUUAGUUCCCUAAAAUUAUAUUUUAAACUGUAUAUACAUCUACGUCAAUGACAAUCAAUUUUAAUUUGUAUGUUGGCGGGACUAUAAUUUAUGGACGAACCAAUCACGUAUAAGAUAACAAGUCUUGGAUUUUGGCGCAAAAUUCACUUAGCCAUUUGGGAUAAAUAGAGUUUUGGCAUCAUAACUGAUGUCAGUUCGUAAUGAAAACCCUAAAUCUAAUUUUUGACCUUAAUCAUCAACUGUAAAUCAUUAUUCUAAUUCUUCACACUGGUUUAUAACCCUCAUUUGGUCCUGGUUACUAGGUGGAUACUUUCAAGUUCAGUCCAGCGUCACUCAAAGUUCGUCCAUAAAUUACAGUCUUACCAGUUAAAGUGAGCCACAGAUUUAAACACUUUUGUACCUACUACGGUUUGAGGAUAGUAUGGGCAACAGUAAUCUUCACAGGGACAUUACUACUCUAAGUUAAAUACAUAAACUGGUAUGUGUUAAGCGAAUAUAACAGUAGUAUUAAUAAUAGCACACAUAUCUUAGACUCCUGGAAAAACCGUUUACCUGAAGCUUACGCGAGGAGCACCACCUUCUGGUUAACAUCUUUUCAUUAAGAUUGUUUCUUACGGUAUUGGGUUGCUGACCUUAUGCUCAACCCUCCUCCUUUACCCGGACUUGGGACCAACAACAACCCUAGAAAAGUUACAGGCGGAGUAAAAAACCAUUACUGUCUCAUAAAUUUGAAAACACUUCAUUCUACAGUACACCUUGUAUGUUGGGUAAGAAGUAAAAAGCCCAUAAAUAAUUUGCUAAUAAAAACAUAUUAGCCCAUUAAAUUUACUUUGUAAUGCUAGUUAUCGUCAUACUGUCUUGAUGAGUGUUAGAUGGUUUGAAGUAGGUGGCAGGAAACUGUGAUUAUUUUAGGCCUCAUAAUAGUUUAUAUUGGUUAAAAAUGUUUAGUUGCAAAUUUGAAGGAAACCAAUGCUCCUUAUAGCAUUUGAACCAACGUCACAUUGCAUCGUAGUCUGAAUAUGAAUAUCAUUAUUAAUAAUAGUAGUAGUAGUGUGGUGUAUGCUACUGGUGUUGACACGUAUAAGCAGUUUGUAUCACCAUUCGAAUGUGGAAUGACUGGCAUCAGAAGGUUGACAAAAUCGAAGAGAAGAAUGGUUGAUAUGGAGACGAAGGAACAGCAAAGUCUGAGACAAUUGAUGGAUAUUUUGCAAAUGAAGUAUUUACUUAAUAGUUCUCAAAUUUUACUAAGAGAUUCUGUAAUUUUGUAUCCGCAUAAAUAUGGUUUUCCCAACUUGUGUUCUCGUUCACUACAGUAGUAGUAGUAACAGCAGUACAGGAAGAUUCAAGAAUUGAAUAUGAUCAUAAAAAUAAUUUAUUUAAAAUUAUUGUUCCAUUUUUUAAACAACACGAAAAUACAAAAAACCCAGUAGAGAUUGACAUUAAAAUCAAUAGGACGAGACGGUCGUUUAGUGCUUCCAUGUUUUCCAUAGUGGUCUAACUUCAAUUGAUUCAUGAUCUCAACUAUUAAAAUUACUAUAAUAUCCACAAAACCCCUUCUGAUAUUAAUCAACAUAUACUCACUAGUGACUGGCUUCAUUAACUUUUUCUUGGAGUCCUAGUGAGAAGUAGUGACGAGUGGAGUUCAACCGGGUCUAUUGUGAGAUAGUAAAUCACUGAUGACAAUGGUGGAUGUGUCGCUCAAUUUCGUGGAUUAGUCGAAGUUAGAGAUUAACACCGUUGGAUGGUCUAGAGAUUAAGCGUUCGCGUGCAAAACUAGUAGGUCCUGGGUUCGAAUCUCGCGAGGCGGGGUCGUGGAUGGGCACAACUCUCAAUUUUCAAGUUAAUAAUCAUAAGAGUGAUAUAGCCAAUAGCUUAGCGGUUAACUUACUUGAAUUUCGAAUGAUAUGUUACAACUUCAAAUCACACUUUAUCUACUUCAUUUUACGCAACCCAAGUAGCAUUGUAGUGAGAUAAUACUCAAGUGGGGAAGACCAAUUUAUCGUUUAGUACAGAUUCACAGAAUGUUUUCGUAAAAUAUGACACCAUACAUUAUAAACUUCAUUUGAAUAUCUUCCAUCAAUUGUUUCUUACAAACUUCAUCGUUCCUUCAUUCCUGUUGAUAUCUCUGUUUAAAUCCCUGUUUUCUUAAAUCCGGUCUUCCUAACCCUCUACUGUCAGGCAUUCCACUUCUGAUUGUUGUUAUAUACUACUUAUAUAUCUCUACAUAAGUAGCAUACACCACAGUAUCACUAUACUAUUCCUCACAUCACAAAGUGUGAUUUUAACCCACGUACAUAGAAUCAAGUACUUAAGUAAUGUUUUAAAAAGGUAUCAACAAAAAUGAUUAAAACACAAACAUUGGCAGCAUUUCAAUUAGAUUUGAGAAUAUAAUCUAUAAACUAUUUUAGAAUAAAAAUAUGGGUUUGUAUUGUUGAUUGUGAAGCAUAAUUUUCAUGUGAGAAGACUGUAUAAUCCGAAUAAGACAGGGAAGGGUUCGAACCUGUUAUCCAAUGUUUGAGGGUUGAGUACUUUAAUUAUUGUUAUAUUACAUGCGGUUGAGUAUUUUCCACUUGGGAGAAUUUUCAACGUUUUUUGUCCGUUGUGUAUUUUUAGUAUGCUAUUUUGCUACGCUUCCCAAGGACAGUUUUAUGCUGUAUAUAUACGUUUGAUUUGUGUCUGUUAUGAUUCACUCGUGCUUCUGGCUUACGGGCUGGGACGCAUCAAAUAGCUAGCUUAUUGGUGCACGGUCACAAGUCUUUGUUCCGUUUGCAUACUAAGUGAACUUGUAAUACCUUUAAACCUAGCGAAUAUGCAAAAAAGGCAGUCAGCAGUUUAUUGCUUAUUAGAGCCGGCUAUUUAUGAGUUUCAUAUAUAGAAAUUUGAAUUCUAAACAACGGAACAAUGAAUAGGCGUUUCUGUGUUGAUUUGCCAUUAUAGUGUUAUUUAGAUAGAUUUCAUCUCAAGGGAAAGAGAAGAGGAUACUUUUAAAACUACGUGGAUAUUUACUAUUUUAGUUUUAAGUGAAAACCGUUGAAUAUAAAAUAGAAUUUCAGUAGAUGGAUGCAUGAGUCUAUCUAAGCUAGACUACCAUUGAAAACAAUGAGAAGACGUAGCUGAUCUGAAAAAUGUGAUGUAUUUGCGCUAUACAUUUCGAACAAUCUGGUCACACAUAUGACUUGUCAAGGCAUAUUUAUAUGAAAAUUAAUAAAGGUCAAACGAAUAAAAGUACAAUUAAAAUAACUAAGGGGAGAGAAAGAAUAAGAAAUUGUCGUGUUAUCCUAGGCCAUAAAAUGACUUAAGGAUUACCAAGGUAUGGCCUAGGAUAACACGACAAUUUCUUAUUCUUUCUCUCCCCUUAGUUAUUUUAAUUGUACUUUUAUUCGUUUGACCUUUAUUAAUUUCACAAGUAUGUGUGAUCAGAUUGUUCGAAAUGUAUAGCGCAAAUACAUCACAUUUUUCAGAUCAGCUACGUCUUCUCAUUGUUUUAUCGAGAUACCAUUGAAAAACCUGGAAGUACUGGACGGGCUUUUCAUUCUAGAAUGGGACUCCUCAGCAGUGCCAAUUCAUCAAUUCAUGAUCUCACUCAAAAACUCAACAACCUACGCCACCAUAUGUUCACUAGUGACUAGCUUUGGUAGGUAAUUCUCGGAGUUCUGAUGAGAAGCCGUGACCAGUUGCAGUUAGUAACUGAAGACAAUGGAAGAUGAUUGUGCAAUUUGAUGGAUUGAUUGAAGUUAGACAUUAACACCGUUGGAUGUUGGCACAGUGGUGUUUACAGGGUAAGUAUUCGCGCGCGAGACUGAAGUUCCUGAGUUUGAAUCCUGCGUUCGGGAUUUUGAAUGCAGACUAGUGAGGAGUCCCACACGAAGACGAAACGACCGUCCAAUGUUUCCAGGUUUUCCAUGGUGGUCUA